UAUUGUUAGGUUAUUCGCUUAACCUAAUUCGUUCGAAUAAGUCGUUUACAAAACGACAUUGGCAGCCAUUACACUUCUAUCGAAGGUCGGUCGACGCUAAACUAAAAGAAUGCUUGGUUAGGUGUCAAAUGAUUUUAUUUUGAAAAUGCCACUUCCAAACUGAACAUGGAGGAAUCUUUCUCCUUGACAUGGGAGGAUUCUGGUACAGUGGUGCAGAAUGAAGAAGUGAUAUAUGGCACCGAAGAAACAGAAAUCCUCCCUGGUCAAACUGAGGAGUUUCAAGGGGCCGACACUGUAGUCUCCCAGAAUGGCGAAGAGAUCCAAGAUGGAAACAUCAUGUAUUUCACAGACGAAAAUGUCCUUGUUAUGCCAGAAUCGAAUCAGAACAACUUUCCAGAACACUUUAUGGACUGUCAGGUAACAGAAGAAGUGGUAACUGAGCAAUGGGAGGAAAGUUGUCCAGAAGAAAUAGUGGUCGGAUCCGAAGAGGCUGUAGGCUUGUCGGGAGAGCAAGCUUCGGCAGAAGACAUAGAAAUCCCUCUACCUACGGAUCAAGAUGAAUACACGGCAGCAAGGCCUUAUCCCUGCGACUUCUGCAGCAGGAGAUUCAGGAAGAAGGCCAACCUGAUGAAUCACAUGGUGGCCCAUCAGACCGACAGGCCACAUGGAUGUAACCUUUGCGGGGUUAGGUAUAUAAGAAAAUGUGACCUGAUGAACCACCUUAAGAUUCACGCCUACAUCCCUGAAGCCGAAGCCAUGGAUGAAGAGGAACAGGAAUUGGAUGUUUCUGAUUCGGAAAAAUACAGGAAGACUAAGAAGACAUUCAAUAAGAAACGUAGGAGACAGAGAGUCAAAGAGGAAUUCCCUAGUUAUGAAACGGACGAAAUGGGUGCGUCCAGCUCUAGAAGUUAUUAUUCUAACGAAGAAAUGAUGGUGGUUAAGAGUUAUGAAUACUUGCCUUCUGAAGCAGGGGAAUCUUCGGGAACCAAAUAUCCAGUGAUCGAUCAUAAGAAGCCAUUCGUAUGUCAACAUUGUGGAGUAGGAUUUGCCAGAGAGAAAGCAUUGGCUUCCCAUGCUCGUAUUCAUGGUGGAGAUUCCCCGUUUGAAUGUCAAAAAUGUAACGAAAUGUUCUGGGAUGCGAAAUCGAUGAGGGAUCACUGGCGAACCAAACACAGUGACAUGGAGUACUACGAUGAUGAUGAAGACGAAGAUUACUCAGAAGAAGAUCACAAAUAUGGCACCUACUACUGUACAACUUGCGGCAUUUCUUUCCACAGACAAGACAAUCUGAAGAGACAUCAACGAGUUCAUAUGAAGGAGGAAUCAACAGAUAAUCCUGACUUGGGACAUAUAUGCAAUGUUUGCGGAGAGUCCUUUCCUGAGGCCCUAGAGCUGCUGGCUCAUGCAGAAGUUCACGCUCGCGGCCCCGAACAUCGCUGCAUGAUUUGCGGGGAAGAUUUCGACGACGACCAAGGAUGCGCUGUACACGUUCAAGAGAAACACGGAGACAGUUUACCUCCCAAUACGUGCAUGUUAUGUGGCAGGCAGUGCAAAGAUCGUAGGGCGCUCCUGAAGCACUCCUGGGAGCAUUCAGCGGAGAAGAUCUUCUCCUGUUCGAAAUGCGCGAAAACUUUUCACAACAAGGCCAGAUUGAAGAGGCACAUGUUGUCGCAUCGAAAUAAGGUCGUUUCUUGUGAUGUGUGCGGUGAGGAAUUUCCAGACGGAAGGACACUGAUGAAUCACAGACACAGCCAUAGCAACGUGUCCGGCAGGCAGUUUCCAUGCAGGGAAUGCGGAAAGACAUUCGGUUCCAGGAGCUCCCAACAGAUACACAUACGUAUCCACACAGGAGAGCGUCCCUACGGUUGUCGUUUUUGUUGGAAGGCUUUCGCAGACGGAGGCACGCUGAGAAAACAUGAAAGGAUCCACACGGGAGAAAAACCAUACGCUUGCGCAGUAUGUCCGAGGGCCUUCAAUCAGAGAGUUGUUCUCAGGGAACACAUAAGAUCCCAUCAUUCAGGUCCAGAUCCCAAGUACACCCACAGCAUGACGCCUUACUGCUGUUCCGUGUGCUCCGAUAUGUUCGCCACGUCUCAAGAUCUUAUCGUACACUUGAUCCAUCACUGCGACAUGAAUACAGCAAUGAAAAGACAACCCCAAAUAGGUCCGCGAAAAUACAAGCGGAGGAGAAAACUGAAACCUCACGAGAUUGAUUUGUUAUCUUAUAGAAUGGAGGAUGAAACAGGACAGGAAGAAGUGCAACAACAACAACAAACGCAGGCUGACGCCGAGCCUGAAUACGAAAUCGAGAUGGAUACCAGAAGGAGAAGAAUGAGGAAACCUUCACCAAAACAGGAACCUAUUCAGUACGAAGAACCGUACAUUGAGCCGGAGACUCUGCACACUCAAAGUGUGCCUUCGGUGAUGGAAUCUCCUCCCACGCCAUCCAAGAUGCAGCAGGGCGUAUUGAAGGCCAAGAAGAAGCUAAAAAACGAUGGUAUGGCGCUCUCGUCGAGACCGAAGAUGAUCCACACUCAAAAGACCCGAGUUCCGAUGGAACCCGGAGAAAUAGGACGGGUGAGACACAAGACGAGAACUACCAUAACGAGAACGCAACCGACAGAAUUCAAGGCGGGGGCCAGUUCGGGGGAAAAAAUACGUCCCAGAACCAAAAAUGUAAGUUAUCAUAUUUUCAACUCUGAAAAGCUACCUAUUGCCACUUUCCCAGAAGAUGUAACUGCUGUCGAUAAUUUACUGAAACAGGAUCGGCAAGCUCAGGAAGAGAACAAUUCCAACGGGCUGCUCUAUUUAGAUCAGGUCGAGACGCCCGAAGUUGCCGUCGAGGAAACGAUCGAAUUCAACGAGCCUGUUCCCACAAACUUGAUAAGGGUACGUCGAAAAGUGGCGACCAGACAGUCGGCAAGAAAGAGCACUAGUUUAUCGCCCGGCAGGCACAUUAUCGGCCCCGGUAGCAAAGUGAGGUUGGUCAAGAGUGGAAUGAUUAUCAAGAAAAAAGUUAAAGAGGAGAAGAGCGAAGACGAAUUUAGCGUCAAGCAAGAGAAGAAUUACGAACACCAAGAAGAACAAAUCGUGCAGGAAGCACCGGAAGAAUACGUUAUUCCGGCUGCUGUCGAGCAGGAGUUGGAGUCCGAAGACAGGAAAUCAAUCUUAGGUCAGAAUGUCCCUUCGAUGAAACAGGAAAUUAUCGAAGCCAGCCCCCUACACGAAUUGGCGGAAAUAUCGAUGCAACAUGCGCAGAAUCUUUUCAAAUGCGAAAUGUGCAGCGCCGUUUUUUCCGAUAGAGCGCAAUUGCUAGUACAUGUACCUAUACAUAUCUGAUAUUGAAUAAACAGUUUCUUUCCGUUAUGAACCGCCGUCGACUAGAAAACACUAUUUCCGCUUUAUUACUUGUUUAUUUCUAUAGCUUCGAUAGUUGCUUCUUAUUGAUCGAAAGAUGGAAGACAAUAGAAGACCAUCAGAACUGCGACAUCUCAGAAAGAUCUAUUCUUGACUUUCAAAGCAUGCAUUUUUAGGGUUGUAAGUUGGUUUAGCAGAUGUUUGGUUGAAAAUAAACCAAUUCGAGAUGCUAAAAUUUCGAUUUAAUAUUUUUCCUUGUUUUGAAUAUAUAGUACUGUAAAUAUAAUAAGAUAUGUGUAUAGAAUGUAGAUGCACUGAGGGCACUAAGGAAACUCGCUUUGUUCUUAUAAUUUUUGUGUAUAUGAUAUUAAUCAAUUGAAAUUAUUCCAAAUGAUAAAAAAAAGAUCUUAAGUUUUGAUGGGACAAAUCAUCGUGGAUUUGUUGAAUAGAAACUUUAGCAUCUCGCUUGAUAUUUUGGAAGAAUGAAAAAAGACUAUUCAAUAUUCUGAAUAUUUCCAUAAAAUACCCUUUGUAAGUUUCAUAGGUUUCUUGAUGGAGCACUUAACAGAUAUUUUCUAAUCCAAAGUUACCCUAAUUCUUUUCGCACCAUUUCGAUCGUGACUUAUUUAGAGAUCAUUUCUAGGACAAUCCUCACAAAUUAAUUUCCCCCUUCCUUGAUCAUACCAAUCGAAACAGUAUCAGGAUUACGUUAAAAAUUCAACCUUGAAAAACUGUGCAAUGGUCUAUAUUCAGGUCAUCAUUCAUUGAAAUAUAUAUAACAACCAGUAGUUGUCUAUUGCUUAACAUUGUGACAUUAUAGAAUUCUCACCAAUAUUAGCUUGGUUAACAUUUAAUUCCAAUGUUAUUAUAUUCCUCAUAAAAGUCUGUUUUAGGUGAAGGCCCUCCAAUUUGACUCCUAUUAAAUCUGUGGCAGGAAAUCUGAAUUCAUUUGUCUGUUGAGGAAUGUCUGUAGAUAGUUUUCUUUUGAUCAUUAUUCAUGUUUGUAAAUUUUUGAUAUAGUUUCUAGUUUUUUUUUUGCAGUGAUUAUAUAUGUUAUCUAUGGAGAUAGGUACAAAUAAGGUUUAUCGCCCUCCUGUAAAUAAUAUUCACAUUUGAAAUGUUUAAAUUUUGUUCAACUUGGAAAUUCCAGAGUUGUAUCACUUCAGAAGAAAAUUUCCAUAUUAUAUUUUUAAUAUUUAGAUAUAUUGUAAUUUUAUGGCAUAUUUUAAAGUGUUUUUCAGAUGGAAAUUUUGAAUUUCAAUAAUCUUGUUUGAAUAAAAAUUCAGGCAUUGUAUAAGAUUUCAAAUCCCGUUGUUUAACAUUGUAAAUAGUUUCAACUUGGUAAAAUAUAAUUUCAGUUGAAGUGUCUACAUAUAUGACAUUUUCGAGAUGUAAAAAAGCUGUAGAAGUAUUCAGCGUUAAACUGUCUACUGUAUGUUUAUUAAUGGAAAUAAAUAUUUGGUUAGGUU